AUGAAUGCCAUUGGCACUGCAAAUACUGCUUUUCCCAAAGUAGUAAGAGGAAAAAUUCCCAUAUCGCAGCAAAUUCAGAAGCUCGGGCUUGCAAGGAUUGGGAAGAUGAGAACACCCAUUUGCAUGCUUAUGCUUCUGGUUCUCUCUCACAUCGUGCGUGGUAGCAGAAGAGAGAGAGAGCAGCAGAUGAAAAAGACCUACAUCAUUCUUAUGGACAAGUCCAAAAUGCCUGCAAGUUUUGGCGACGACCAUUUCCAAUGGUAUGGCUCAUCUUUGAAAUCGCUGUCCAACUCAGCAGACAUGCUCUACACCUAA